AUGAACGAUUACAAGAACCUGGUGGAGGAAUUUGGUUCAACGUCGUCUAGAUGCGCCUUUUUACGACUGCGGGAUCGCGGAGGACGUAAACUCUGGAUCGUAAGUGCUCACGCACCUACGGAAACCGCUGAGGACAACAGAAAAUGGUACUAUGCAGCGGAGCGCACGUCGAACAACGGUGACCGUCUGGUCGACUUGUGCGAACAGACGGACCUCAUCGUCGCUUCCACGUUUAAGAGGAAUCAUCGACGCCAUCAGCUCACGUGGCAGGGGUCAACCCUUUUAACGCCUGAAGAGCAGCGCAAGCGGAAGAUGAGGACUCUUAAACUUCAGCUCGACUACGUUCUGGCGAGGAACAUUCCUCAGUCAGAUAUCCGAAAAUCUAGACCUGUUUGGGAAGUCGCGUUCGACUCUGACCACCGUCCAGCUCUUCUCAGCUUCAAGAUACGGUUCCACAAGAGCAACCGAGGAGUUCCUCUUCAACCGAAUGUCGACAUGGCAGGUCUGAAAGACGAUGAAUGCAGAACAAAAUUCCGCCAACGUGUGUCUAUUCAUGUUGGAGUACGGACCAGGAAGAAGCUUAGCAAUGCGGAUUCCUUCACAAAGUGCAUCAAGGACGCUGCAAGGGAAACGCUCCCGGUUCUAUUGCCGCGGAAGAAGUUUGCCUUUGCAUCUGCGGAAGCAAAAUCCACGUACAAUUCUGUAUGUGUCGCGCGCAGCGCUGGUGACUUCAACCAGGAAAAGCGUAUUAAAAGGAAGCUGCGUCGUCAACUGCAACAAGACCGCGAUAACGAGUGGAUGUCCAGAGCGAUGGAGUUUGAGAAGGCAUGGGAGGACAGGAACCCGCGGAAAGCCUAUGCUCUACUAAAACAGUAUAGCGGCAAAAUGAAAAAAUGUUCCCCUGUCCUCAACACUGCCAAUGGGGUAGCUGUCGGUGAAGCAACCCUUCCAAUUUGGAAGGAACACUUCAUGACCUUGCUGAACCGGCUAGCACCGUCAGCCCCUGAACUCGAACACGUUCAUAGACCGACAUACGCGGUUGACGAGGAGCCACCGACCGUGUCGGAGGUCCUGGUCUGUAUUCAGAAAAUGAAGAAUGGAAAAUCUGGCGGAGACGACGGGAUUAGCGCAGAAAUGCUAAAACAUCUUCCUCCGUCUGGGAUUCGUGAGAUGACAAAGAUCAUCCGUUCAAUAUAG